AUGACUGCAAUAAGAGGGGCUGGUUAUUCUUCUGCUGGAAGAAAAAGUACUUUUGAUAAAAUACCGAUUCAACAAAAUGAAGACAAUAAUAACCUUCAAAAUGAAGAAAAUGCGCAAUUAGAGAAAGCUAAAAAAUUAGAAGAUCAAGCAAUGGAACAAUUACUUGAAAGUACUUUUUUGGCUGAAAGAGGAGAAAUAAAAGCUGCAUUAGAUAAAGCUAAAGAAGCAACAAGACAAUGGAGAACAUCAGAUAAUUUACGUAAAAGUUCGGGAGAACAACAAAAUAUGGAUUUGGGUUGGUGUUCUUUAUUGUGUUUAGCACAACAAAAAUUAAUUAAUGGAAUACCUUCUGAAGCUUUAAAUAUUUAUCAAACAAUUGUCAAAAAUCGUUCUUAUGCAAAUGGACAUAGAUUAAAAAUAAAUAUUGGAAAUAUUUAUUUUAGAAAAAAAGAAUAUACAAAAGCUUUGAAAUAUUAUAGAAUGGCUUUAGAUCAAGUACCGAAAGUUCAUCAAAGAAUGCGUGCAAAAAUUUUGAGUAAUAUUGGAGUUGCUAUGGUUAGACUUGGACGUUAUGAAGAUGCUUUAUCUUCAUUUGAGGAAAGUUUAGAAUUAAAUGGACGUUCAGCAGCUGAUUAUUCGACUGCUUUAAAUUUAAUAAUGGCUGCUUAUUGUUUAGGAAAUGAAGAAAAAAUGAGAGAAUCAUUUCAACGUUUAGUUGAUAUUCCUAUUUUAAUUGAUGAAAAUAAACAACAACAAGAAGAAUUCGAUGUAUUAACUACCCAAUUAUUAGAAAAUGAUUCUUUAGCAAUUUGGGAAAGGCGUAAACGACAUCAUGCAGAGAAAACAAUUCUUUUGGCUGCAAAAAUAAUUUCUCAAGCAAUUGCCCCAAGGCAAUAA